CUGCGGAAUUAAUGCUUUGUACUUGAAGCAAAAUAAGCACUUUCCUGGAACCGCGCUUGUGGCUUCUUUGCGGCGCUCACGAUUAGUUUUCAUACGGAAGUGUUACGUAUUAUUACUGCGUUAGAAGUAUAAAACAAAGAAUCUCGGAAAAACUUCUACAUACACCAGGGUACGUCCCUUUGGUUCUUCAUGGAACCGUAUACGGGCAGAUACCCUUACGUACAGAUUCUGUCAUCAGCCAUUAACCCAGCGUAGCCCGACCGUGCGAGUCGCCGCGGGGAGCCUGGAAAAGCCCAGGAAACAUGGCGGAGGGGUUCACUGCUCCGCCCGGGAAUAUGGGAGAGACAUUCCCUGGGAAUAUGGGGGAGGGAUUCAGCGGUCCACCGGCAAAUACGGCAGACGGAUUCACCACUCCAGACGGGAACAUGGGAGAGCCAUUCCCUGCUCCUCCUGGGAGUGUGGCAGAGGGAAUCACCGCUCCGCCUGGGAAUACAGCAGAGGGAUUCCGCGCUCUUCCCGGGAAUACGGCGGAGGGAUUCUCUGUGCGCUCGGAGCCCCUGUGCGGGGUGUGCCGCGGCCCAUGCCACAUCCCUGUCAUGCUGUCCUGCUGGCACCCCUUCUGCCUGGGCUGCAUCGAGCGGGUGUGGGCGCAGACCCCGGGGCUGGACCACGGCUGCCCCGUGUGCCUGAACGUGCCCCUGUCCCAGGACGGCCCUGGAGGUGCCCUGCCGGAGGUGCUGUGUGACUUCUGCCUGGGCCCUCGGCUGCCCGCCUCCAGGACCUGCCUCACCUGCCUGGCCUCUCUGUGCGAGGCCCACCUGCAGCCUCACCUGUCCGGGGAGGCCUUCCGCGGGCACCACCUGGCCCCGCCCAGCUGCGACCUCAGCGGGCGCUGCUGCCCCGACCACGCCAAGCCGCUGGAGAUGUUCUGCCAGGAGUGCCGGGUCUGCGUCUGCAACGUGUGCCCCAUUCUGGGCCGGCACCAGGGCCACCGCAUUAGUGUUCUGGAGCACGAGGCAGCCGCGAAAAGGAAUCUGCUGAAGAUUUGUCUGAACAGACUGAGCUGUAAGAACAAGCAGGAGAACGCCAACAUUAACAACAUCCAGAAAGCUGCAGAGGAACUCAAGGCCCUGGCGGGGGAGAGCGCCUCCUGGCUCUCCGCACGUUUCUCGGAGAUGCGCCUCCUGCUGGACGAGGAGGAGCGCGCGGCGAAGGCGAUGGUGGAGGAGGAGAUGCGGGCGGCUCUGGAGGUGUACGAGGGGCAGGUGCUGGCUUGUAGACAGCGGGCAGAGGCCACGGACGCCUUCGCUCACGACGUCAACAGGAUGUACAAGCAGGACGACGGCGUGCAGCUCCUGAGGGAUUUCAUCGCGGCAGAAAAAGACCUGCAGUCUCACCAGCAGCCUGCAGACCACAUCCACCCUGUUCCCAUAAAGUUUGACCACAUGCAGAGCUACGUCAGCACCUUCCACAAGGCUCUGAAGACCAUCCUGAGGAAGCCCAUCGAGAACCGCGUCAAAAACGGACUGAUGAGUCGGCCGGAUGCCAAGCAGGUGCAGACCCUGAUGCACAGAACCAAGAGCCUGGGGGACAAGCUCCUGUUCCUCAGAUACGCCUGCUCCCCCAUCCUGGACGUGGACACUCUGCACCCGCGCCUCCGUCUGUCGGAGACGGGGGUGACCGUGAGCAAGGCGUGGCUGAAGCGGUCCUACCCGGACGGGCCCCAGCGCUUCGACCGGCUGCUGCAGGUCCUGGGCCGCGAGUCCUACUUCUCCGGCCGGAGGUACUGGGAGGUGGACCUGCGACAGGCGGAGAAAGGCUGGUGGGUGGGCGUGGCCUACCGCUCGCUGGGUCGUAAGGGCGAUUCGGAGGUGUCCCGCCUGGGGUGCAACAAGGCCUCGUGGUGCCUGAAGCGCUACGACCUGGAGUACUGGGCCUUCCACAACGGGAGUCGCACCCACAUCCUUCUGGAGGAGGACCCCGAGAGACUGGGCGUGUUCCUGGACUACGAGGCCGGGACCCUCAGCUUCUACGACGCCCUGUCGGGCAUGAGGCACCUCUACACCUUCCAGGCCAAAUUCACCGAGCCCCUCUACCCCGCCUUCCGCCUGUGGGAGGGGCCCAUCUCUCUCUGCAGGCUGACUUGAUGUCCCACAAUGCCUUGCGCCCUUCCCCGUCCCGUGUGCCGGAAACUCAAACCUGGAACUGAUCUCUUAUGAAGGACGUGGUUCAGCGUUUCAGGAAAUGUAACCACAAACUGCAUUACAUUUUACUGUUCUUUUUUUGUCAUUUCUUAUUUUAACACACUAAAUCUGAGAGAAAAUCUGAUAUUUCACUGCAGUUACGAGUGAGAUUGAAAAGUACUAGACAAAGGGAGAAACUCAACACAACGGCAUACUGCAAAAAACACUGAAUUCGCAUUCAUUAGACAUUUCAGUGCUAGCAUGUGACAUUCUGAUGAAGGUCUAGCACCAAAACAUCAAGUAAACACAAAGUCACAAAGUGUUUUCUGCAGUGUGCAGUUUUUGCAUUAAGCUUCUUCCUUCUUCUGUUAACACACUAAUAUCAUGGCUGAGUGUCCAAUGACAGAUUCCCUGAACCUGGGCACAUUAAAUCACUUCACUACUCACAGGUCCCAGUCAGACACAGAUUAGAAUGUAACAAGCUUAACCAAAUAACAAGGAGGCAUCAAAUGCCCCACGAUAGUUCUUCAAUGGGUCCAUUUCUUUACAGUGAAUGGAGAGGUUUGAUCACCAUGAGGGAAACUUUACAUGGCUUCCCAGUGUUGCUCAUGAAAAGUCAUGAAAACCUCCACUGCUGUAUACUGAGAAAUACUCCUCCGUUAAGAGCAAAUAUAUAUAUUACUCAGCGCGAGUGUACUACACCCCAUCUGUGGGAUCUGCCAUUGGUUGCAUGGCUAUUCCUUCCCUCCUUUUCUAUUGGUGGAUCAUAACACUGCAGCUUAAGCAUUGGUUUUUCAUCCAAUGAAAAAGCAGAUUAUUUUAUUCGGAAGCUGAACAUAAACAAAACCUCUGAAAAAAGCAGGGAAAUUGCACUAAACAAAUGGUACUUACCUUUUUAAAGCUACUUGAUCUUUCUAGUGUGUUUGUGCCUUUCAACUUUUUCAAGUAUUUUUGCUGCUUUUGAUUUGAUUCAAUUUGAUUUAAUUUUCUGCACUCAUUCAGAGUUCAAAACUACAAAAUUGUAAUAAAAAAACCCUAAUUAAGCAGAGCUUUAAUAAAAAUGUAUAUCAAAGUUA